AUUUCAGUCCGCGGUCAGUUGCAGCCUAUAAAUCGAACUUCUUCUUCCCCUCUUCUUCUUCAUUCUCCGUCUUCGAUCUCCGGCGACACUGUUUUCCCUCCGAAUUUCGCCAAAAAAGAGUGCUUCAAACUUCAGCCUCGUUAUUCUUUAAUCCCUAUCCGCCAUUUCGCCGAUUUUGUACUUUAUGCUCCGAAAAUGGGAAAUUUCUGCGCCUGCCUCGCACCCAAAUCGAUGAAGAAAAAACCCACAAAGCGCCUUCUGAAUCCACCUCUGCCCACCAAUCCAAGCAAAAGAUGGACUCGAGUGAGGUCUUCCAGGAAGGACAAAUCCGACGCUUCUCUGGCUCCAGAGCAAGUUCUCGCCGCUGCGAUUCUGUUCCAGCAGCGCCAACAGCAGAACGGCGGCGACCCUUUUGAUCGGACCACUUCGCUCCGCUACCCAAAAUCUGGGUCGAAGAAGAGUAACGCAUUGCCGCGGAGUUCGAGCUCGCGUGCUCGAUCCCUUACCGAUCCCCUGCUUCAGCCUCAUCAACUUGUUAGCGAGAAUAUAAAGCUUGAGGAUAUAGAAACGAGUCAUUUUGUUCUUGUCCAUGGUGGUGGCUUUGGGGCAUGGUGUUGGUACAAAACCAUAGCACUUUUAGAAGAAGGGGGUUACAAAGCUACUGCAAUAGAUUUAACUGGUUCUGGAGUUCAUUCAUAUGAUCCAAAUUGCAUCACGAGUCUUUUGCAAUACGUGCAGCCGCUUACUGAUUUCCUUGAAAAGCUUGCUGAGGGAGAAAAGGUUAUCUUGGUGGGGCAUGAUUUUGGUGGUGCAUGUAUAGCGUAUGCGAUGGAGUUAUUUCCUUUUAGAAUUGCAAAAGCCAUAUUUAUUGCUGCGGCAAUGUUGACCAAUGGACAGAACACUUUAGACAUGUUCUCGCAGCAGACUGGUGUGGAUGAUCUAAUGCAACAGGCUCAGAUGUUUUCCCACGCAAAUGGGAACGACCACCCUCCGACUGCUAUUAACUUUGAAAAAUCAUUGUUGAGGGACUUAUUUUUCAAUCAAAGUUCUGCCAAGGAUGUUGCUCUGGCAUCUGUAUCAAUGAGGCCGGUACCGUUCGCACCUAUUUUGGAAAAGUUGUGCCUUUCAGACUUGAAAUAUGGAUCAGUCAGACGAUUUUACAUCGAAGCUCCCGAAGACAACGCCAUUCCCAUCUCAUUACAAGAGAGUAUGAUAAACAAAAGCCCCCCACAACAGGUCUUUCGGCUAAAAGGUGCAGAUCAUUCCCCUUUCUUCUCAAAGCCUCAAGCUCUAAACAAGCUAUUGGUAGAGAUCUCAAAGAUCAAAACACCAUCAUAGCAUCAUUUUGAGUCAGAAGCAAGAUUAGCUAAGGUCUCCAGAUAUCCGUCCCAUACACCUACACGACCCGGAAAUCAGCGAAAUUGUCAGCCGCAUUAUAAGGUCAGAACGAAUCCAUAAUGUAUAGGCUCAUUAACAUUAAAGAAAAAUAAAAGGUUCUAGUACUUGAUUCAUAAAUGAAAUAUGCUGUUUUCAUUUUCCUGUGUGUGCUCUUUCUUGAGGGGAUUUUUGUUUCCUUUCCUCUCGUGUCUAGGAAUUUUUGCUACAACUACAACAAAUAGAUCUUUUUGAGGAUAAAUAGUCCUCAUUCAAAUCACAUCCAAGAUUGAAAAGCUUGAGGUAACUUCUUGGAUUUGUUCCCUCUCUCCGUUGUGGGUUUGCAAUUAUAGUAUGAACACUGGCAUUAAUUUGAAAGCUUUGUUAGGAAGAACAAGUAGGUAUUGGGGGUUGAGGAACACUGACAUUUGAAUAGAAAUAGCCACCAGAUUUUGAACGCUUUUGAAUUAAAAAGCCUUGGAAAUUAGUUCACUUCUCUGUUACUCAACUUGUUCUCUGUAUCUAGAAAGUGUUUGUGUAUUGCACUUGUAGCCAUUUGAACUGAUCUGAUUCUGCCAUUUAUAUGAAUAACUGUUUGGUUUAAGUAA